CAUCAGCAGCAGCAGCAGCGGGGCAGCAGCCGCGUCUCUGGACGCUGACGUGAACGGCUCUCCAUCCUGCCACCAACUACAGGUGCCCACUCCAGGGGUCCCAUAACACCAAGUCCGGAUCAGUUUAUGGACCCGAGGAAAGGACGCAGACCUCCAGAUGCGCUGUUCUCCACUUCCUGCGUGGUGUUUUAAUGAGUGAGAACCACCAGGAAUGGCCUCAUCAGUGAGCGGCACGGAGGAAGUGCGGAUGUCCGCGCUGACGCCCCUGAAGUUGGUGGGACUCGUGUGCGUGUUUCUGGCGCUGUGCCUGGAUGUCGGGGCCAUGCUGAGCCCGGCGUGGGUCACGGCGGACGACCAGUACUACCUGUCGUUGUGGGUGUCCUGCUCGAAGCCGCUCGGCUCCGCGGACUGGUCCUGCAACAGCACGCUGGCCACCGACUGGCACAUCGCCACAUUGGCCCUAUUGGUGGGGGGAGCAGUGCUGACCCUGCUCUCCUUCCUUGUGGCGCUGGUUUCCCUGUGCCUCGGCUCCAGGGGUCGCUGCUACAAGCCUGUGGCUGUCAUGCUGUUCUCAGCAGUGGUGCUUCAGGUGUGCAGCCUGGUCCUGUUCCCCAUCAAGUUCAUAGAAACAGUCACCCUGAGAGUGUAUCAUGAGUUCAACUGGGGCUAUGGCCUGGCCUGGGGAUCCACUAUCUUCUCUUUUGGAGGUGCCAUCCUCUACUGUCUCAACCCCAAGAACUAUGAAGACUAUUACUGAAAAAAACCAACAUAAAAGUGAUAUGAGAAUCCCAGGACUGUGUUUCACCCAUCGUCCCUAUAGUAAUAGGAGCUUUCUCUCUGUACUGCUGUGCACAACCACAUACUGGAAAUAGGAAAACAACGUGCUUACUGAUACUCACUGGUCAAACAGGAGUUCAUGUUUGAUACUGUGAACUCAUUGUCUCAAGACUCUCUGGACAGAUGCCCCUGAGCGCUUUUAGGUUUGGCAGUAAACACAGCCGUGCAACUAGAAAUCCAAAUCCAAGACGAGAGAGAAAGGUUGGACGAGUACGCCCUCCAAUCAGAUAAUUCUGUGUCCCCUUUAACUGCAACUCCAGUAGGUUUUAGACGUAGCCAAGAAAUCUCAGGGGAACAGAUGGAGUCAAUGACCCCAUACCUGCAUGAAUUGGUGGACUAAUAAACCCGAGUGAAAGAGAAAAGGACUGAUGUAAUCGCUGCAACGUAGGGAGAGAACAUGUCCUGCUGAAGUGACAUAACGAUAUAGACAGAGUGAGAAGGAAAGGCGAUAUUCUAUGUUUUCCCCAGAUACACUCCACAUCUAAACCUUUGCCAAGCCUCCUUUCCUUCAACAGAUUUAAAAUAUCUGUGAAAAUAAGUGGACCAACUUUAUAUUUCCUGUCCUAUUUACACCAUUUAAAAGGGUCAGAGAUACUCUUAAAUUAUAAUUAGGGGCCAUUUAAACUUGGAAAAACAUUCCACAGGGCCUGUGUAGAUGAACAUUUACUUAAGUCUAUCACAUAGUGUAUAAUAGUGGUAACAUAGACCUUAAAUAUUUUGCCCACGGAGCUGCCUUGCAGUGCAUGUAUGCAUCAAAGCAGAGCGGUGGGAAGGAACGUGGCAAAUGACCAUCCCUGCUGAGUGCACAUGUCUACGUGAUCAUGCCCCUGGCAUGUGUUCACAGACCUCCCCAUGUGAUGCCUCCUUAUCUUCCUACUCUUCCACAAAUGUAAUUGCUCUUAGUAGACUAGGCGCCAUUAAGUACACAUUUUUUUUUUCCCCUCAUAAAGAGGAAAUUCACUUUCACUGAAAAUGGUUUAUACUUAGUUUCGGCAUCUUAAUCAAAGUCCAUAAUAACAGCCUUUUAGAGAAUACCAGACUGCAGUGUGCAGUACGUGAGUAGCAUAAUGGAGUCUGUGGAAUAGACGACCUGUGCUCAUUUUGCUCUGGAAACAACAAAAGUCUUGAAUCUCAUUGAUGGAGUUGUCAAUACAUUACUUGUGCAUGCCCCUACAGCUUGCUGAUGGUUUCUGACUGCUUGUUAUUUCUUUACAAUCAUAAUAAACAUGUACUAUAAAAACAAAAAGAAGUGAUUGUUUGAUUUGGCAAAAAGAAC